ACAAAAUAUUAGAAAUUUAUUUAUAAAAUAAUGUACAAUUUUGAAACAAUUUGUAGAACAUGUUCAUCUGAGGGUGAAUUACAAUCAUUAUUUAGCGAAGAUCCUUUCAAAAUAGCGGAUAUAUUAACUGAAAUCAUUGAUAUUAAGAUAAUCGAAAAUGAUAAUUAUCCACAGAAAAUAUGUACAAACUGUUUGGAUAAAUUAAAUUCUGCCUACAAUUUUAAAAGACAAUGUCAAGAAGUAAAUGAAAAGUUUAAAGAUUAUUUAAAUAAAGUAAAUGUAAAAAAUGAAAUAAUCGUUGAAACAAUCAAAGAGGAAAAGUGUUACGUAACUGAAGACGACGAUCAUGAUAAUUAUCAAUCCUCGAAUAAUUAUGAUGACGAACAAUCUCAAAAUGAAAAUUGUCCUAAGCCAAAAAAGAAAAAAAAGAGACGUGAUGAAUAUAAACAUACGUGUAAAAUAUGUCUGAAAACGAUUUAUAAUUUACGUGAUCAUAUGCGAUCACAUACCAAAGAAAAACCAUUUAAAUGUGAAACAUGUAAACAGGAAUUUUCACUAAAUGGAAAUUAUCAACGACAUUUAAAAAUUCAUACCGGUGAAAAACCACAUGUUUGUACAUUUUGUGAGCGUAGUUUUAUACAAAAGAGUGCGUUAACAGAACAUUUACGUGUCCAUACGAACGAAACACCAUUUAAAUGUCCUCAUUGUGAUAAAUCCUAUAAUCAACAGUCGAAUUUACGUCAUCAUAUUAAAUUAAAACAUAGUCUGACGUCAGAUGGUGAACAAAAUUCGAUUCGUGGUACGGGAUUAACAUAUAAAUGUAAAAUUUGUAAUAAAACUUUUCCAAGUAGAGGAAUUUUAUCCACACAUAAAUUAUUCCAUGGGAAAAAAUCACAUUUAUGUAAUCAUUGUGGAAAAGGAUUUUUUCGUAGAUCAUGGCUCUUAGCUCAUAUAACAGUACACACCGGGGAAAGACCCUUUAAAUGUAAAUUAUGUGAAAAAUCGUUCACACAAGUUGCUUCGUUAAAUAAACAUCAAUUAACACAUACGGGUGAAAAACCGUAUAAAUGUACACAAUGUGAAAAAUCCUUUUCACAAAUGGCUGCAUUAAAUACACAUCAGUUAACACAUAGUGGAGAAAAACCGCAUAAAUGUAGUGUUUGUGAUAAACAAUUUGCUUUAAAAGGAAAUUUAACGGUACAUAUGCGAACACAUACGGGGGAAACUCCUUAUGUGUGUUCUGUGUGUAAUAAAGGAUUUUAUGAUUCGAGUAGUAUGAAAAAACAUAGAAAAAAACAUUUUAGCGAGAAUGAAAUGAUCGAAGAAAAAUCAUUUGAUUUGUCGUUAACGAAAACGAAAAAUGAAAAUUCAUCCUUGUACUCACAUUUUCGUCUUUAA